AUUCUGCCAAAGAAAAGACUUUGAUUGAUAGGUAAAAUAACCAAUCACCGCCCACGUGACGUAGACCGUCUUGGCCAAUAGUUAUUACCGAAGAGGCGGGCCAAUCACAGACACCGGCAGAUUAAUUAUCUUGUCGACUGUUACCUUGCUGUUGCUGCACAUCGUUGGAGGAGGUUUGACACUUUUAUUUCAUUGUUUCAUUUUGUAUCUGGGCAGAAAAUGUGUUGCCAUCGUAACUCGACGAAUUAUCUCAAAUAACCCUUCUCCACGUGCAGAUUAGGAAGACAAAUAGACCCCUGUGCUGCCUCCAACUUCCAACAAUUAAACAAGAUACGCUUUACAUUGAGUGUUUUUGCUGACUGGCUCAAGCAUGACAGGAAAUCCUGACCAUAAGCAAGAUGAAGAGGGCCUUAAGGACUCAAUAGUUCGUUUCCAGAGCUACUUGCAUGGAGGAACCUCCAGCUUGUUAUCGACCCUCCCUACCCUCAUUGUGUUUCCUGUCUACAAAACUGUUUUUCGUCAACAAAUCCACAACACCCCAGUUCACCAGGCAGUGGGACAGCUCUACAAAGAGGGACCUGCAAAGCUCUACAGGGGCGUGGCCCCACCAUUGCUGAUGAGGACACUGAAUGGCACAUUGCUCUUUGGCCUGCAGGACACCCUCCUCCUCCAGCUCUCCCAUUCAUCCCAAAAUGUCAUCUCCACCGCUGCCCUGCCUGCUCUGGCAGGGUUUGGUGCGGGUAUAGUAGAAGCUGUGAUUUUCACCCCCUUCGAGCGCGUCCAGAAUGUGUUGCAAAACGGCAAAAAUGACCCCCAUCUUCCCACCCUGAAGAGCGUUCUUGUUAGGCUAAAGGACCAGAGGCUGGCCUUAGGAUACUACAGAGCUUUCUUGCCCGUCACAGCCCGCAACGCUCUUGGCAGCUCUCUCUACUUUGGCUUGAAGGGGCCAAUGUGUGCUGUCGUGGCGGGACAGGGGCUCUCUCCAAUGAUCUCCUCCUUCAUCUCAGGAACGAUGACCUCCAUGGCAAUCAGCCUGGCUCUUUACCCGCUGUCUGUGCUCGUGGCAAACAUGCAGGCACAGGUGGGAUGGGAGGUCAAAGGGGUCAUGGCUUGCUGGAGGGUGCUGUGGCAAUCUCGGCAGCGGAGUGUGGCUCUCCUGUACCGAGGAGGUUCUCUGGUUAUUUUGAGAUCAUGCAUUACAUGGGGAAUCACGACUGCUAUCUAUGACAGGCAGCAGAAAAGUUCAGGGUGAAGAGACAACAUUAAUAACAUAUUUUUAUUUAGAAAACAGCAUGUGAAAUUAUUUUACAUAGAUUUUUUGACAUUUUUUUUGUAUUUUUGUGACUUGUGUUGUUGUUGCUGUAUUCUAUAUAACUCAACCCUAUUCCUCAUCUUUAAGUCUCACCAUAUUCCUGGUGAGUAAACAACCAUGUUGGUCUUUUUAUACACAUUCAUCAGCAAACAAGGGGCUCAAGUGCAGCCACCACAGACCAUGAUCUAUCACCUCAUUCAAACAUUUGUGCAUCAGAAGGCACAAGCAAGUUGAAGGCAUCACUGCCAGGACUUAGACCCCAGUCUCUGAGCUGGUGGGCAAGUAUUAUGUACCAAAGUAGCUUGCAGUGUUUAGUCAAGAUCACCUAAACCGACCAAGACCACCUAUACUGAGACCAGGUCAAGACCAUACCACUGUGUAUCAAGAUCAGGACAAAACCAAGAUUUUGAUGGGUCAAGACCAGUCUUUUUAAUUCUAAUAGGUUUUUCUUAUUUCAACAUUUUGAUUUUACUUAAUACUCCAUCUUAUUUUUGUGUUUACUCACAAACAACUUUAUUGAUCACCUUCCCAAAACUGAACUAGUUCACAUUCGUUUUUUUAAAAUGCUGCUUUAAUACUAAGUUUGAUUUGUUGGAAGGAACUUUGCAGCUAUUGGCUCAUGGUCUUAUGGUUAAACCUCAGCCUGAACUCUACUUUCCUUUUUUUUUAGUUUUCAGUGCCACACAGAUGUUUGCCCUAUAACUUCAGACUGUAGAACAACUUUUUGAAAUAUCUCCCAGUUGCUUCCAUCGUGACUUGUUUUACCCAGUAUGUAUUUUCAGUUCAUUAUGAAAGUGGCGGGAUAAAUUAGAUAUUAUUAGGUGAUUAAUGGGAAACACUGGAGAUAUCCAGCGGUCUUGAUAUUGAUAUAUAAUUGUGGUCUUGACCGGUCUUGAAAUAAAAUCCAGUCCUCUUUGUCUGAGACUCAGACAAGCCAGAGUAAAACUGCAGUAGAUUCUGAUACAAGGCAGAGACUUUCAAAAGUAUUCUGGGGACCGGUCUUGAGACGAAGACCAAUCUUGAGUACUACAACACUGGUAGCUUGUGCAGUAUAAAUAUGAUGCAAGUCAAUCAUAGGUGCCUUGUAUUUUUAAUAUACUAAAGGGUCCAUUUUUACUCAUCAAAGUCAGUUUACUCAUCAUCAUGGUACUACUUAAUUAUCAAACACUGUAAUGUUCUCUGUCUCAUGCAUUUUUCGCCUGUAUUACCUUAAAUGAAAGAGAAAGAAGGUGCAAGGAUUUGCAUGGAGUUUGCAUGUUAUCCCCAUAUCAGAAUGUGUUCAUAAACACAGGUUAACUUAAUCAUAAACUAAAUUGUUAUAUAACACUGUAAUGCACUGUCAGCUCAUCCAGGGUGUAGCCUGUCUGUGUGUGUGUGUGUGUGUGUGUAUGGGACCAGCUCUGGCUGCCCUGACGCCUGAAGGUUGUUAUUUACAAUGUAGCCUUUUUAAUAAAACUGUAUCUGUUUGACUGUGAGAAAACCUGUGAAACCAACAAUUA